CAUUUUGCGCCCCGCCCUGUCCUUAGUCGUACGCCGAACACGACAGCAUUUCAAUAUCAGCAGACGCGCGACAUCAUCAGACAUCUCUAUCAAUUCUCCCUCAACCUGAAAAAAUAUGUUGAAGUCUACUUACAAGCCCUCGUCAAACGACCCCCCUCCGCCACAACCGCAAGACCCGUACGCGAGCUUCCUCCAGUACUCAUCCGUGCCCAAACUAUCUGAUCCUGCAGUCGCGAACGCGUUCAUUGCCCAAUACGCCCCGACGAGCCAACAGCAAGCACAUGGAACCAGUCAGCAGCAUGGCCGCGGGGCGCAUCGCGGAGGGCCCGAUGGGAGGACUCGUCCGCGCCCCCAGCCUCUCGACAAGCCAAAGUCUAAGAUCGCCAUACCUGGGUGCGAGCCGUGGUUACUAGUCUACACGAAGUAUGGCAGACGGUUCGCAUACAAUCCGACCAAAAACACAAGUUACUGGCGGAUACCAGAGAAGAUCAUGAAAGGUGUGCUGGAGUUAGAUAUCAAAGGGAUAAAGGAGAAAGUUGAGGCGCAGGAAGAAGCAGACCCCGAAAAGUCAAAGUCGACAGAACCCCGGGAGGAGGGGUUGGGGGGGGUAGUUGCGGCACUAGAUGAGCAAACAGCAGAUCUAGGUUCCGACUACGAAGAGGUCGAGGUAACGGAUGAUGAACUAGACGACGAAGAAGGCGGUGAAUCUCUUCAGGGUGACGAUGGCGACAGCAAUCGCCAGCCCUUUAAAAGACAGCGCACGGACGAAGCCACCGAUGAUGUACCCAUGGAGUUCAACGAAGAUGAUAUUGCAUAUCAACUGCAAGCGAUGGGCGCCGAUUACGGCCUCGAUCCCGGCGAGUACGACGACGGGAACCCCGACGCAUGGCCCGAGGGCGCUGAAGGCAUUCCGUUGUCCGAGGCUGACGCGAGAGAACUAUUCAAGGACCUACUGAACGACUCUGCCAUUAACCCCUACUCGCCGUGGGAGAAGCUCAUCGAAGAUGGGCGUAUCAUCGAAGAUUCGCGGUAUACCGCCCUCGAUACUACCAAGGCGCGGAGGAACGUUUGGGAGGAAUGGAGCCGUGAGCAGAUACAAAUCCUCAAGGAAAAGCGCGCCAAGGAAGAAAAGAGGGAUCCCCGGAUACCAUACCUCGCGUUCCUUCAGCAGAAGGCAACUCCUAAGCUGUACUGGCCCGAAUUUCGUCGCAAGCACAAAAAGGAGGGGCCGAUGAAGGAUACGUCGCUGAGUGACCGCGACAGGGAGAAGUGGUACCGCGAACAUAUCAACAGGCUCAAGUUACCGCAAGAUGCGCUCAAGAAAGAUCUCAUGGCCCUGCUAAGAAGCAUCCCCACUCGGCUGCUGAAUAACAAGACCCUCCUGGAGAAUAUCCCGAGCCAGGUGCUUGCAGAUAUCCGAUACAUUAGCCUAGACCCGAAGAUCAGAGAUGCAAUGAUAGAUGCUUACAUUCGGACGUUGGGACCACCGCCUACGGAGGACGCAGCCGAGGAGGAUGAGGCCACACGCAAGGCAAGGGAGGAUAGGAGAAAGAGGGAAAAAGCACUGGAAGAGAGGGAGCGUGUCGUCGCCGAGGAGAAACGUAGGCAGAAGCGACAGUUAGAAUACGGCAGGGCCGCGCUACGAGAGGAGGAACGGGAGCUUGAGAAGGCCAUGAGUGUUGGGAAGAAGGGCCUCCAGAGUCAAUUGCUGUCUAUACAAGCGCCCGGUGAGAAAGACGGGCCUUAAUUUCCUAGGAAUACGAAUGACGCAAAUCACAUCCUAAAGCCCGCGAUGAGAAUACCACGGAAUGAACCCAGAGAAGUCCCCUACCGAUUGGAUGCGGCUACUCCCCGGUUCUCUUGUCUUACUAUCUAUUCCACCGGGAUUAAGGCCCGGCCCGACAUUUAUAUAGUUAACGGGUGUCUUUCCUCACUGACAUCAACCAUCUCACAGCUUUCUCUGCGCUAGCGUCCCAUCAUCUAGUCACAGCAGCCAGGUAUUAAACCAGGUGAUGGCCUGGUGGAAGGCCUGCUCCUUGGCGAACUUCUGGGACGGGUCUUGGAUGUUACAGCGCACGGCAAACCCGUGGACGACGUCGGAGUGCAGGUUGAUUUGCCAGGGCUUGCCGCUCUUGGCGAGGAUGGCUUCAGACCGGUGGCGUUUUUCGGUUGUGAAGAUGCUAUCGGUCU